CACAAUAAACAUCAAGAAAGCAAUAAAAGUUGUUGCCGUUUAGCUAUUGCUGUUGGAAGCCUUCGGUUAGAGUAGAUCACAAAUUCAAAUCCAGUUUUAUCGUUUCAAAGCGUGAUGUUAUAGUACCACGUACUGUAUUAAAAUAACUUUGUCUUGACUUGUGUAAGCGGGGAAAAAAACGGUCGGAUGUACCGAUGAACCGGCUGUAAAUACAUGCAUUAGGAGUCAUUAUUUUUCUUUAGUGACGGCUCGUGAACAUGGACAAAAUAGCUCACGCAGAUGUUGGUGACAUUCAGUCAAGGUUACUGGACCAUAGGCCAGUCCUACAAGGAGAGAUCAGGUACUUUGUUAGAGAAUUUGAGGAGAAGCGAGGCUUUAGGGAGUGCCGUCUACUAGAAAACCUGAACAAGCUGGUAACUGAGACUGAAGAACAAGUACUGCCCAGAUGCACCAAGACCAUGCAAGCAAAUUUACUUGAUGCUCUCAGUUGCUUGGAAGCUGUAAAUCAUAUGAUGCAGAGAAUCCAGCAGAGGGAGCUAGAAACCCAGCAUAGCAUAUUUCUUCAGGAGGGUAUGGAGAAGUGCAAAGCAGACUGUGAGGACUUCCUGAAGGAGCAGGCUCGGCUAAAGGAGGAGGUGGACGAGGAGCAUGCUAAAGCCGUGGGUAGACUCAGUACCCAGUACAGCGAGAUGAAGAAAGACCUUGCCAAGUUCUCCCACUUCUGAUGUCCUUCAUGGAUGUUCCUGUUUUUUGUUUCUGGACAGUAUUUUUGUUAGUUGGUCUGGCAGGAGAAAAUGUUCUUCUGCAGACACAUACCACCCUUCAACGAGAUGUGAUUAAACUUAAUAUGUUGUGUUGACAGUAACUUGCUGAACAAAGUACAGAGAAGGCCUAAGGAAGCCUGUAAUUUGUUUUUCAGAGAAUCAUCAUACUUGGUCACACAUAGAUGCAAGUGUCACUCUGCCACACAUAAUAGCAACAAUGGUGUUCUCCAUGCGCGUUUGUGAUGGAGAUGCAAAUGCACCGGAGUUUGAGAAAAUCAAGUGAGUCUGAAAACAGACCAACGCUGCGGGGGGCACUGGGAGCAAUCAGGAGCAAAAACAGCAAACGUGCCCAGUGUGAAAACGUUAAGUUUCUGCACCUAAGUACUCUGAAAAAAAUGGAUUGUGGUCAUUUUUAAGAGAAAAUGUUAUGUGUGGUUUACAUAAAAAUACUUAGUUAUUAAUCAAAAUGUGAUUUCGUUGCUUACACAACUUUUUUAAACAAAAAUCUGAUCUAGCUUCAAUUUUGUAGAGUGAGUGUGAUCCAUUGACUUACUAUUAAUGCAACACUAGGGAUGUUGGCGCUGACAUAAAGAAAUGACUACUAUUAAAUUAACAUGAUUAAUUCAUGCAUGGCAUUGUGGUGCAGUGGAUAGCAUUGCCUAGACUAAAGAAAAAAAAAAUCCAAACAACUGAGCCAAAAAAGCCCCUACUACUCUAAGAUCAACAUAAAGAAGCCAAGUUCAUGCAGUUUCACUAGCCAUUUGUAGGAGUGUUGUCUGGUCAAAUGAAACAAAAAUUUUAACUGUUUGGGCAAAUAAUCAGUGCUACGUAUGGAGGAAAGAGAGUGAGGCUUUUAAUCCUAAAAAUACCAAACAGUGAGGCAUGGGGAGAUUUUGCUGGAAAAGGGACUGGUGUACUUCAGAAAAUAGAUGGCAUCAUGAAGAAAGAGGAUUAUCUAGAAAUACAGAAGCACACCUCAGGAUAUCAUCCAGAAAGUUAAAACUUGGUCAUACCUGGGUCUUUCAGCAGCAAAAUGAUCCUAAGCUUACCUCCAAAGUUGUAACAAAAUGACUUAAAGACAACAUAGUGAAACUGUUGGGGAAAAAAAAUAAAUAAUGGACCGAACUGAAAAAGCAUAACCAAGGCCCACAAACCUGACUGAGUUACAUCAGUUCUGUCAGGAGCAAUAAGCAAAAAGUCUGGAAUAGUAUUGUGAGAAGCUUGUGGAAGGCUACCCAAUGUUACCAUGGUACCCCAUUAAAAGGCAGUGCCACCAAAUAUUAACUAAAAAUCAGAUAUAGUAAAAUAAAAGCUGAGAUAACUAUGCCUCCUAUCUUUUAUUUUAAAAAUUACAUCUUAUGGAAAUAAAGUAGAUAUCCUAAAUGAAUUAACAGUAAAUGUAUGGAUUAAGUUUGAAUUGUCUUAAUCCUAGAUGUAUGUAACCAUGUUGCCCUUACUCUUGAUCAUAUUACUAGGAUAGCCUUUGCUCAUCUUAGAGAUAUCACUAAACUAUAAAAUAUAGCUUACAUAAUGUUGCAAAAAAAAAAAGUUAAUGUUUUUAUUUACCUUUAGAUUGGACUGUUGUAAUGUCUUGCUGUAUAAAUGCUCCAGUUGGGGUAUAAACAA